AUGAAGCUGGAGGUGUUCUCGCAGCACUACGAAGAUAAGCUGAGCGCCGGCAGCGACCAGGAAGGCAGCGGCUCCCUCUCCCCGGCGCCGGCCGAGAGCGAGCUGGGCUCGGACGGCGACUGCGCUGCCAACAGCCCGGGCGGCGGGGCCGGGCUGCCGGGGCACCCCCCACCGCCGCCCCCCACCCCGCAGCCGCCGCCGCCGCCGGCGGCCGAGAGCGCCAAGGGGAAGCCUUACACGCGGCGGCCGAAGCCGCCCUACUCCUACAUCGCGCUGAUCGCCAUGGCCAUCCGCGACUCGGCCGGCGGCCGCCUGACCCUGGCCGAGAUCAACGACUACUUGAUGAGCCGCUUCCCCUUCUUCCGCGGCGCCUACACCGGCUGGCGCAACUCGGUGCGCCACAACCUCUCCCUCAACGACUGCUUCGUCAAGGUGCUGCGCGACCCGGCGCGGCCCUGGGGCAAGGACAACUACUGGAUGCUCAACCCCAGCAGCGAAUACACCUUCGCCGACGGCGUCUUCCGCCGCCGCCGCAAGCGCCUCAGCCGCGCCGCCCCGCCGCCGCAAGCCGCCCGCCCCGCAGCCCCGGCCCCGCCGCCGCCGCAGGAGGCGGCCGGAGCGUGCCCCGCGUCCCCCGGCGGAUCUCCGCGCUGCUGCUGCGCUUCCUCGCCCUGCAACUGCGCGCCAGGCUCCGCCGCCAAGGAGGCGGCGGCGGCGGGCGGCGGGGCGGCGGCAACGGGCAGCGGCAGCGCUAAGUUCUCCAGCUCCUUCGCCAUCGAGAGCCUCCUCCGGCGGCCGGCGGGGCCCCGCGCCGCCCCGCAGCAGCCGCCGCCGAACGCCCGAAGCCUCCUCUGGCCGGCGCCGCCCGCGCCCCCGCACCUGCUUCCCGGCCCCUACCCGCUGCUCCCCUACCCACCUGCCGCCCCGCAGCCCCCGCACGCCGCUGCCCUCUACGGCGGCGGCCUCCUGCAGCUCUGCGCCUACGGGCUGGGCGAGCCGUCGCCGGUGCUGCUGGCGGGCGGGCGGCAAGCGCUGGCCCAGGGCGAGCCGGCGGCGGCGGAGCGGCCGCGGGGGCAGCUCUUCCCCGCCGCCCUCCCCAGGGGCGGGAGGGGCCCGCUGCCCGGCUCCCCGCUCUACGGGCCCCUCCGGCUGGCCGGGCCGCUGCAGGCGGCGGCGGGGGGCUCGGCCUCGUUCCAGCCGUACGCUGUGGAGACCCCCCUGGCUUAA